AUGGGAUGCAUGGAGGCUAAAUACCCGAGAGAAAUAAAGAAUCAAGUCUCAAAAGUGAAAGAAAAAGAAGUUCUUUCAAAAACUAAUCUAGCGCCACCUUCAAAAGGAAUAAAGGCUACAAGUUCUCCAGAUUCUGAAGCCCAUUCGCUAGUUUCAGAAAAAGACACCAGAGAAGAGCUUCAAAAGAUUGAUCAAAAUGCAAAAAUCACGAAACCUAAAAUUCCAAUGAUUAAAACAGCCGUUAACAGCCCAAAAGAUGUUAGCUAUGUGCGAAGGGCAGGAGAAAUUACGGAUGAUGCAAAAAUUAAAGAGAAAACAGAAAAUACAAAGGAAGAAAAAUCUUCCUUAAAACCAGAAAACUUUGUGAAAAAAGAAUCAGAGGCUAUUAUUAUAAAUACAGAGCUUAAAACUGAUAAUAACGCAGUAGCAAAAAGUAAUUGUGAAAAUCUCAAACCAUCAGAAAAAUUAAUUUUUCCCAAUAUAUCUCCUAAUUUUGAUUUUUCGUUCAUUGACGAAAAGGACGAAAAUGAAAAAAUUCAGUUUGAUGUAGUCAAAGAAAAAGAGACAAUGGUUGACCAGCUCAUUCAAGAGUUCAUAGAAAUCUAA